CCGGACCGAAGCUCCCGGCCUUCCGAGAACUACGCCGAGGUUCCCCGCAGACCUCGACGUCACCGCCGAGCUUCCAUACAAACAUUGACUCGCAACACAAGAAUGUCCGGAUCACAACAACAGGAAGACGUCGAAUACAACGAUGAGGAGAACAUCAAGAUUGAUGCCGAGGAAGUAGCUGAGCUUAUCUCGAGUAUCCAAGAGUCGCAAUACUUUGAUGCCAGCAGCAUGGCUCCCCUAACCCCAGCCUCAAUGGUUAGUAAUUGUCGGUAUUUCCACAGCUGCAAUUACCCAAUUCUAACUAUAUCCACAGGCUGCAAUCGCAAGAUUGAGAGCGUAUAAAUCUCCACCAUUUGCAGUAUGGGAUCGCCUACCUUUAAGUCGUCGAGCUGCCGUCCUGCUCCUUUUAUUCGCAGACCGACAUGGUGAUUUACGGGUUGUAAUAACAAUGCGAGCUUCCACCCUUCGAAAUUACUCUGGACAUGCUGCAUUCCCUGGUGGAAAGGCAGAUACCUUGGAAGAAACACCAUGGCAGAUUGCUCGACGUGAAGCUUCUGAAGAAAUCGGACUCCCCGUAUCCUCCGCCUCUCUACCCCAUCCUUUUCGAAUCGAACACCUCUGCGAACUCCCAUAUUCAUUAGCACGGACAGCGUUAGCAGUUCGACCAUGCGUAGCAUUCUUACACUCCGACGACGAAAGUGGAAAUAAGCAUUCAGAUGUCGAAGAGAAUAUGAUUCCAAGAUUAGAUGCUAAAGAAGUUGCCGCCGUCUUCUCAGCACCAUUCCACAAUUUUCUCCGCAAAGAAGAUGAAGUGAGACAUGGGGACCCUAUUGCGGGGAAAAUAACGGAUUGGUAUAAAGGCGAGUGGAUGGAAUGGAAUGAUUCUCGCUGGCGUAUGCAUUCAUUCUUCGUUCCAGUGAACAAUCAGAAAGUUACCAACCCCAGGAUUCGACCUGGUGCAAUACCCGAGCAUGUUGAAAAGGAAGAAUCGGAUGUCGUAGAGCGAUAUAAAGUAUGGGGUAUGACGGCAAGAAUUCUAGUAGAUGCAGCCAGAAUAGCGUAUGGAGAGGAGCCAAAUUUUGAAGUAAGUUCUUGUACGUUUAAGAGAGGCAUGUGAGCUAAUUUGUGACAUAGCUUAAUACGCAUAUUGGUGACGAACCUAUGAUUGCGAAUCUAGAACGAAUGGGUAAGCUAGGCGAGAAAGUUCCUGGUGGAUCAGAUGUUACAGAUGCAGAUUAUCAACGUGCUCGAGCUCAGAAUCAGGGACCUGCCAGUCCUUCGGAUUCAAAAAUAUAGACAAGACUUGGGAAUAUUGUAGAUUCGCUUAAUUUACUCAUAGAGUUCAAAAAUCAGAUUUCUAAUCUAUCUGCAUAAGA